UUUGUACUUCCACGGUUGACAGUUCAGAGACCGACUGUUUUUGAGAAGUCCUAUUCGGUUUGAAAACGACCUCCUGAUCCCCCACCGGCCCCCCAAAAUGACCUGGUUUCUUGUGUUUGUAUCUUCGGUCAUCGUGGUGUGCGGUGCCAGCGUGUGUCCGUGUGAGAGACCCGAGCUGUGUCAGCAGAUACACGAAGAGAGAGACUUUGAGGUGUUUGUUUUUGACGUGGGCGGAAAGACAUGGAAGUCUUACAACUGGAGCAUGGUGACGACAGUGGCAACAUUUGGAAAAUAUGAUGCUGAACUCAUGUGUUAUGCUCAUUCCAAAGGAGCGCGGGUAGUCCUCAAAGGUGAUGUUCGCCUCUCGUAUAUUGUGGACCAAGACAACAGGACGGCGUGGAUAACGGAGAAGGUCAAAUUGGCCAAGAGUCAGUUUAUGGAUGGGAUCAACAUAGACAUUGAACAAGCAGUAGAACAGGACUCGCCAGAGUACCUUGCUCUGACAAACCUGGUCAAAGAGACCACUGAGGCUUUCCACAGGGAGAUCCCAGGUUCUCAGGUCUCAUUCGAUGUUGCCUGGUCACCUAAAUGUAUCGACAAGCGCUGCUAUGAUUACGUCACCAUCGCCGAAUCCUGCGACCUGCUGUUUGUGAUGUCCUACGAUGAGCAGAGCCAGAUCACAGGGGACUGUAUCGCAAUGGCAAAUGCUCCGUUCUCUCAAACACUCAAUGCCUAUGAUCAGUAUUUGAAUCUGAAUAUUGAUCCAAAGAAGCUGGUGAUGGGUGUGCCAUGGUACGGCUAUGACUACCCAUGCCUCAACCUUUCCCAGGAGGGAAUAUGUUUUAUUCCCAAAGUCCCUUUCCGUGGAGUCCCUUGCAGCGAUGCAGCUGGAAUACAGAAAAAAUACAGCUGGAUCAUGCAGCAGGUCAAAAGCUCGUUGUCCGGCAGGCUGUGGGACAGCAAGCAGCAGGCUCCCUACUUCAAUUACAAGGACCAGGAAGGAAAGAUUCACCAGGUUUGGUAUGACGACCCGGAGAGUAUCUGUCCCAAGGCGGACUUGGUGAAAUCUAAAGGUUUGAGGGGCAUUGGCAUGUGGAAUGGAAACAUCUUGGACUACAGCGAUGAUCCUGUCGCCAAGCAGCAGACCGCAAUGAUGUGGAAUGCCCUCUUAGGAUGCUAGCUGGGAUACACUUACACCGCUGCAGAAAUGUACACCACCCCUGAACCCACUGCUGUUUGUUGCUAAGUCAAUAUAUCCCUUUGUAGCAGUAACGGGGUGCGACUUUGGGGAUGCAUACUUGCACUUCGGAGUUUAUUGUGGCUUUUAUUGCUGUUGUCUUUGAAUGUAGACAUUCCACCGGGCUAAAUGAAAUGACUGUGAUUCUCUGAAAAGGAUGAUCUUUUUAAUGUGAUGAACACAAAUAGCUUUUUUUUUGAUUGACUGAUAUUGAGCUUACUGAAAUUUGUGCACUUUAUUUUUCAUAAAUAAAACAUUUUCUGAUAAA